AUGUUCCUUCUGGAGCUCAGUCACUUGUCAGCGCUGGUCACUGCGCUCACAUCUGUGCUCUCCGCCCUGAUCCUGCUUGCCGUCUCCAGGCAACUGUGGACCUUCCGGUGGACCAUUACGCGGGACACAGAGAGCAAGUUGCCGCUACCCAAUGGAUCCAUGGGUUGGCCCCUGGUGGGAGAAACGUUCCACUGGCUCUUUCAGGGGUCCAACUUCCACAUCUCCAGGAGAGAGAAGCAUGGCAACGUUUUUAAAACUCACCUUUUAGGAAAGCCUGUUAUCCGGGUGACUGGUGCCGAAAACAUCCGUAAAAUCUUGCUUGGAGAACACAACUUGGUUUGCACGCAGUGGCCUCAGAGCACCCGUAUUAUCCUGGGACCCGACACCCUGGUCAACUCUAUCGGAGAUUUGCACAAGAAGAAGAGAAAAAUCUUGGCAAAAGUGUUUAGCCGCGGGGCCUUGGAGUCUUACCUACCUCGCUUGCAAGAUGUUGUCAAGUCUGAAAUUGCAAAGUGGUGCUCGGAGCCUGGCCCAGUGAAUGUUUACGUCUCAGCCAAGGCUCUCACAUUUCGCAUUGCUGUCAGAGUCUUGUUGGGACUGAAGAUGGAGGAAAAACGCAUAGUUUACCUGUCUAAGAUCUUUGAGCAACUCAUGAACAACCUCUUCUCACUACCAAUUGACGCACCUAUGAGUGGCCUCCGCAAAGGAAUAGAAGCCCGGGAAAUCCUACAUGCGUGCAUGGAGAAAAUCAUAGAGGAAAAAAUGCAGAAACAACAGUCUGAUGAGUACUAUGAUGCUUUCGAUUACAUGUUGAUCAGUGCCAAGGAAAAUGGAAAUGAACUCAGCAUGCAGGAGUUGAAGGAAACCGCGGUGGAGUUAAUAUUUGCUGCUCACUCAACUACAGCCAGUGCCUCCACUUCGCUUAUUCUUCAACUCCUGCGGCACCCCGCUGUGGUGGAGAAAGCCCAGAUAGAGCUGGAGUCCGAGGGUCUCGGCUACGAAGCACAUAGCGCCCACAGAUGCUCCGGCAAAGAAAAUGGUCUGAAAGGUCCUCUUGCGGCGGAACAUGAGGAACAUCGGCCUCUAGACGCAGACGACACCCUGUUGAUGAAUGGUAACGGGACUGUUAAUUGCGCACUGGAUGAAAACGAAGAAGCACGGUGUUCUCGGUCUCAUAUUCCUUGUUUAACUUUGGAGAAACUGAGUCAGCUACGUUACAUUGAAUGUGUCGUCAAGGAGGUCCUGCGGUUUCUCCCGCCAGUGUCUGGAGGAUACAGGACGGUGCUACAAACAUUCGAAUUGAACGGCUACCAGAUUCCUAAAGGAUGGAGUGUAAUGUACAGUAUCCGGGACACCCAUGAGACAGCUGCAGUGUUCCAGAGACCGGAGAUCUUCGACCCAGACCGCUUCGGGCCGGAGCGUGACGAGAGCAAGACUGGGCGCUUCAAUUACAUUCCAUUUGGUGGCGGAAUAAGGAGUUGCGUCGGAAAGGAACUUGCCCAAAUUAUACUUAAAACCCUGGCAGUUGAGGUGAUUGGCACGUGCAAAUGGACACUCGCCACGGAAACAUUCCCCAAGAUGCAGACGGUGCCAAUAGUCCACCCCGUCAAUGGACUGCAUGUGCAUUUCAAUUACGCAUAG